GGGGGCCGUAGGGGGGCUCUGGCUGCGGGCGGCGGGCCGGCACUCUCAGCUGCACUAGAGCACGGCGGCACAGGGGCCCCGACAGCUGUCCUCAGCGCCACCACAGCCUCCUCACUCCAUGGCCAUGAGAGCCGCCUGCCUCUUCCUGCUCUUCCUGCCCGCAGGCCUGCUGGCUCAGGGCCAAUAUGACCUGGAUCCUCUUCCCCCAUUCCCGGACCAUGUCCAGUACAACCACUACGGCGACCAGAUUGACAAUGUAGACAACUACUAUGACUACCAAGAAGGGAGUCCUCGACCUCCUGAGGAACAGUUCCAGUCCCAGCAACAAGUCCCACAGGAAGUCAUCCCAGCCCCCACCCCAGAACCACCAGCUGCAGGGGACCUGGAGACUGAGCCCACGGAGCCGGGGCCUCUUGAUUGCCGCGAGGAACAGUACCCAUGCACCCGCCUCUACUCCAUCCACAAGCCUUGUAAACAGUGUCUCAAUGAGGUCUGCUUCUACAGCCUUCGCCGGGUGUAUGUCGUCAACAAGGAGAUAUGUGUCCGUACAGUCUGUGCCCACGAGGAACUGCUCCGAGCUGACCUGUGCCGGGACAAGUUCUCCAAGUGUGGCGUGAUGGCUGUCAGUGGCCUGUGCCAAUCUGUGGCUGCCUCCUGUGCCAGGAGCUGUGGGGGCUGCUAGGGUGGAGCUGGUGUGGGAUCCGAGCCCCAGACCCGGCUCGGAUCCACCUCAGGCCCCACCUGAACUGGUGCUUUCUCCCAUCCUGCCCUCCCUUUCAUCCUGGACAUGAGAGGGCUGCUGCCCUGGGAAGUGUGGUCAUAGCUGCCUUGGACCCCUCCCCAGCCUGUGGCCAUCCAGUCUCCACCCCCUAGAUGGGGUUCAUCCAAGGCCUCCUUUUGGGGUCUGGGGCUCUCACUGUGCCUUCUCAGUGCCUUGGGGACAUUCCUCCCUCUUCAGUCUCCUCAGGUAGGCUGUGCCUCUUACCCAGCUGGUCUACUUGGAUUUCCUAUGCCCCUAGGCAUGGACCACCUUUGUUUUAUACAAAAUAAUAAAGUUUUUACAAAAGA